AUGGAUUCUUUGAACAGGAAGCACCCAUUGGAUUACCAAGAAUGUGGCGUGGCCGAAGUAUCAGCUGAUUUGAGAAUCAUUGGCGGAAGAAGAGCGGCCAAAGACAGCUGGCCAUGGCAGGUGGUCAUUCUGAAUCGCUUUCGUGAGCCUUUUUGUGGUGGCGUUCUCUUGAGUCCCCAGUGGGCGCUGACCGCUGCCCACUGCGUCCGGCGUCGACUCUGGAUCAGGGCGGGAGAACACGAUCUAUCAGAGCAGGAAGGUACUGAGCAAGAGCAAAAGGUGGUCCAUUCCUUCGUCCAUCCUGGAUAUGACUCGUCCACAGUGGAGUUCGACCUCGCACUUCUGAGGUUAAGGUCCCCUUUGACGAUAGACAGGCAUGUUAGACCUGCCUGCUUGCCGGAAGAUGGCGACGAACUGCCUCCUUAUGCCAGAGCUACCAUUUUAGGUUGGGGGAAGCGACGCAACGAAGCAAGUUUUGGUACAGACACCUUGCACCAGGCAGAAGUCCCUGUCAUCCCCCUGGAUGAGUGCAGACUUUCCUACGACGAUCUCUUCAUCAGCGAGAAUAUGAUUUGCGCUGGGUUCGAUGUCGGCCGAGUGGAUUCCUGCGCAGGGGACUCUGGUGGACCCCUUCUACACAAACGAGAUGACGGAGCGUGGACCAUCUAUGGAGUUACGAGUUUUGGCGACGGCUGCGGUCAAGAAGGAAAAUUUGGAGUUUACACCAGCGUCGCCAAGUGCAUAGAAUGGAUACGACACAUCAUGCAAAUUCAACUGUUGUGA